AUGCCACCAAUUCGCAAAAAAGACCCCCUAAAAUCCACUCAGGAUGAGGGAAAGAUCGAAUUAGCUAUUUCCGAUUUAAAAAAUGGAAGAAUUCGCAGUAUUCGUGAAGCUGCAAGAAUCUAUAUGGUUGCUCGUACAACUCUUCAAGAUCGAAUGAAAGGAGUGCCGUAUCGACAAAUAACACGCGCCAACAACCAUAAAUUGAGUCAAUCUGGGGAGGAUUCGCUUGUCAAAUGGGUGCUUGAUUUAACUAAACGUGGAUUACCGCCCCGGCACUUUCUCGUACGAGAUAUGGCUAAUUAUCUUCUCUCACAACAUGGAGAUCAACGGGUUGGAGAUAAAUGGGUAUAUAAUCUUGUUCAACGUCGCCCAGAGAUUGAAUCCAAAUUCUCACGAAAAUACAACUACGAACGUGCCAAAUGUGAAGAUCCAAAGAUUAUACAAGGCCAUUUUGACCGCGUACGAGAUAUAAUAUCUGAGUACGGCAUCUUACCAGAAGAUAUCUAUAAUUUUGAUGAGACGGGCUUUGCUAUGGGACUCUGCGCAACUGCAAAGGUUAUUACUGGAAGCGAUCGAUAUGCUCGGCCAAAGCUUCUACAGCCUGGGAAUCGAGAAUGGGUGACUGCAAUUGAGGCAAUAAAUUCAACCGGAUGGGCUCUGCCUUCGUACGUAAUUUUCAAAGCAAAGAAAAACGUACGAUUAGGCUGGUUUGAUGAGCUUCCGGAUGAUUGGAGAAUCAAUAUUAGCGACAAUGGCUGGACUACAGAUCAGAUAGGAUUAGAAUGGCUUAAAACCCAUUUUAUUCCUCUUACUAGAGAUCGUACAUUGGGAACAUAUAUUAUGUUGAUUCUUGAUGGCCAUGGAAGCCAUUUGACUGCAGAAUUUGACCGUACAUGUACGGAACAUAAGAUUAUUCCUGUUUCCUUUCCAAGCGCUCGUAUGAUGGCAUAUAAAGCUCAAACUAUCCGGAAUAGCUUCGCAGCCACUGGAUUAGUGCCUUUUAAUCCAGAUCGAGUUCUUCAACAUCUCAAUAUUCAAUUGAAGACUCCAACCCCCCUCCAAGUCGAUCAAGCAAUACAGCAUCAUCCUGCUUACAAACACCUCAAAAUAUACGCCAAUUUGU